AUGUCAUCUUCAAAUCAAAAAAUCAAAUUAUACAUUGAAACAAAGCAUCCUAAAUACUUUGCUGAUGUUUUGAAUGUUGACAUUAAUCGAUUAUUAGUGAAUGAACUAUCAAAAUUUGAGUACUUGGAAUGGACCAUGUUCCAAAGCUUUGAAUCCACCAGUUUAAUUGCCAUUAGAAAAAUACUGCAAGAUCGCAGUAUUACACCGCUCGGAUAUGUCAUGUUGGUUGAUGUUAAUAGAACACAAUUCGACACCAAUCAACCAUACUCUGAGUAUUUAACUCUGGAAGGACUUCAAAAGGCUGCCAAAUUUGGUGCUACUGGAAUUGGUCCACACUUUAGCCUUGUCACGAAAGAAUGGGUGGAAAAGGUGCAUGCUAAUAACCUAAUUACUCACCCCUACACGUUCAGAUCUGAACCAUUUUUUAUGAACAAGACUCCUUUUUCUAGUUUUAAGGAAAUGGUUACGACAUUUAUUGAAAUUGGGGUUGAUGGUAUUUUCACUGAAGACCUUGUCCAAACGAGAGAAAUUCUUUCCGAGUAUCAAAACAAUGGAAUUAGAAAUGUCAUUAUGGCUUUGACUAUCGUUGCCAUUGUGAUCAUUGCAAUUGUGACCGUUGCUUCUGUUGUGACAGCUUGCGUUUUCAAGAGAAGAAAGCAAGGGGCUUCAACGGAACACCUCACGAAGGGCAGCAAUGGCAAAUUCUACGGUGUUGAUGGAGAUGGAGAAUCCGAUCAAGCUCGCUUAGUGUCAAACAAGCAAUAA